AUGGCAGCCAACCUCACAGAGGGCAGCUCACCUGCCAACCAGACCAUGCCAAUGCUAGAUGCCUCCCCAGUAGCUUGCACUGAAAUUGCUACCUUCACUGAAGUGCUGGCGGCAGAGGAGUGGGGCUCCUUCUACUCCUCCUUCAAGACGGAACAGCUGAUAACCCUGUGGGUCCUGUUUGUCUUCACCAUUGUGGGAAACUCUGUUGUGCUGUUCUCCACAUGGAGAAGGAAAAGAAAGUCCAGAAUGACCUUCUUUGUGACUCAGUUGGCCAUCACGGACUCCUUCACAGGACUGAUCAACAUCCUGACAGACAUUAUUUGGCGAUUCACUGGAGACUUCAUGGCCCCCGACCUGGUUUGCAGAGUCGUCCGCUAUUUUCAGGUUGUCCUGCUCUAUGCCUCUACCUACGUCCUGGUGUCCCUCAGCAUAGACAGAUACCAUGCCAUCGUUUACCCCAUGAAGUUUCUUCAAGGAGAGAAGCAAGCCAAAGUCCUCAUCGGGAUAGCCUGGAGCCUCGCGUUCCUCUUUUCCGUCCCCACACUCUUCAUAUUCGGAAAAAGGACGCUCGCCAACGGUGAGGUGCAGUGCUGGGCACUGUGGCCAGAUGACUCCUACUGGACUCCGUACAUGACCAUUGUGGCCUUUCUGGUGUACUUCAUCCCACUGACAAUUAUCAGUGUCAUCUAUGGCCUUGUGAUCCGAACUAUUUGGAUUAAAAGCAAAGCCCAAGAGACGGUGAUUUCCAACUGCUUGGAUGGCAAACUAUGCAGCAGCUACAACCGAGGGCUCAUCUCGAGAGCAAAAAUCAAGGCCAUCAAGUAUAGCAUCGUCAUUAUCCUCGCUUUCAUCUGCUGCUGGAGCCCAUAUUUCCUCUUUGACAUGCUGGACAAUUUCAACCUGCUUCCGGACACCAAGGAGCGCUUCUAUGCCUCUGUGAUCAUCCAGAACCUGCCAGCCCUGAACAGCGCCAUCAACCCACUCAUCUACUGCGUCUUCAGCAGCUCCAUCUGCUUCCCCUGCAAGGAGCGGAGAUCACAGGACUCCAGAAUGACAUACCGAGAGAGAAGCGAGAGGCAAGAGAUGCAGAUUCUCUCCAAACCAGAAUUCAUCUAAACCCUGAAGCCGUGAUGCUAGGCUGAGCUCCUUCAGCCCUGCUGGAUCUCCACCACCAGUUAGUGGACAUGCAUGAAGCUUGAGCCACCCUUGCUCCACUCCUGUGUCACCUAGUGGAUGCAUGAAGCACACUUUCCAGUGAGGGCCUGCCAGCGGCGAUGUGCGCACUAGCCAACAUGAACCUAUCACCUCUUCGUGUCAGUGAGAGGAAACCCUCUCUGCCCUCUUUCCCACAGCUCUGCACUGCACCAGCCCUGAUGCUGGGUCCUCGUGAGCUGAUGGCACAGACAGGCAGAAAGAUGUCGAAGGGCUCUUCCUGAGUCAUCUUUUCACAGUUUUGAAAGGAAAUACAGGACUUUACAAAGAUUAGACAGCUCUCUGCCAAUUUUGUGUUGGAAAUUUGGUGGGUAUAGAUGAGAAGUUUGCCCUUGACAUACCAAGAACUUCACUUCCAGAACCUGGUACUGUACACACCCUCCAUGUGAGAUGGCAAAGUGUUGGCGGGAACAAGCUCCCAAGCCUGUUGCAUUGUGGUUUCUGAAGGGGACAGUCCAGGUGCCUGCUGGACAAGGUCACCACGUAGGCACAUUCUCACCUAGCAGGAAGAUCACACCCAACAGUGAUGGGUCCUUGCCGGUGAAGCCCAGAGAGAACUGAGACCUGGAACUCACAACUCUCUAGGACUAAGUGAAGCCUCUUUCCCUUCCUGUACUCAACAUUCAAGCCACUCUGAGCUCCAUUCCACACACCUCAGGGACGUUUCUGUCCAUUUCGCUCCCAGAAUCCUCUUCAGCUGGCAGUUUAGCUCUGUGGCUUUCCCAACAUGAUGUUCUUGCAUGCUCCUUACUGUCUUCAUGCUGUAUGUAGCCUUUGUCUAUCUGGCACCUCUGCGAGGAAUUGCUGGCGGGGUUUAUUUU